CAGCCGUACGAAGCCACCGCGACGGUGAUGCAGUCUUUGACGAUAUGUGGUUCCUAUAAAGACAGAACUGGAGAGAAACUUCUGGACGGUACCAUCCUGGUCCAAGAGGCUGCCAAGGCACUGUGGAACGCCCCCUUCGUUUGCGCUAGUCACGAUGCGUCUGAUGUAUUCAACUACGGUAACAAAGCUGCUCUUUCCCUGUGGCGGCUCUCUUGGGACGAAUUCGUUGGCCUGCCGUCCACAAAGUCUGCUGAGGAUGACGAAAGCGUGCAGUCUGAGCGAAGGGAGCUUUUGGAUAGGGCGGCGAAGGACGGCUACAUUAAAGACUACAGCGGUAUCAGACAGACGAGCGACGGUCGUAAGUUCAAAAUCAAUGGAGCGACUGUGUGGACCAUCACCGACAAGGAUGGCAAGAAGACUGGACAAGCAGUAAGAUUUGACACUUUCUCCUGGUUG